AACCAUAAAUGGAGUCAGUCAAUAUGCUAGCAGGAGAAACUUUGAAGAAAUUAGACACAACAACUACAAAAAUUAAUGAUCCUAGCCAUAUCCUGAACUAUAAUAUUACAAAAGAAAGUUUUGAGGUUUCUACAACAGGGAAGGUAUCCAUUGUCAAGAAGAAGCAGGAGGAGGGCAAAGGAAAGAAAGAUAAAAGAAAGUUGAAGGAAAAGGUUCACAUUGAUGUUUUUCCUGACCAAGCUCUUAGCAACUACUAUUUCCCAAAAUCAGGAGACCUAGUUCUUGGAAGAAUCACAAAUAAAUUCGCCUUUUCUUAUGAAGUUGAUAUUGGGGCAUAUUCUACAGCAACACUUGAUGCUCUUGAGUUUGAUGGAGCUACAAAGAAAAAUAAGCCUAAUCUUGAGGUGAAUAGUCUGAUUUAUUGAAGGAUACUUUCAACAGAUAGGUUCUCAAGACCAACUCUAUCAUGCAUCUCUCCGAUUCACAAGAAGUCAUGGACAUCAGGAGAGUCCUAUUUCGGUCCAAUAAAGGGAGGGUUCUUGUUAGAGUGUUCAAAGAAGCUAAUAUCUUACUUACAAUCCAAGAAAUGCUACCUUUUGGCAACAUUGGGCCAACUUUUCGAGUUUGAAAUAAUCGUCGGGUUCAAUGGAAGAGUUUGGGUAAACUCCAAGAAGAGUGUUCAGAAUCUGGUAUAUCUCAUAAACUGAAUCAAGAAAGGAGACGAGUACAUUGGUGAAGACUCCAAGGUCGAUCAAUUAGUGAAGAGUGUCAAAUCAAGCCUGACUAUUUCAUAA